AUGUGCAAAUGUUUCCCUACGAGCUUGGCUGGGCCAGCUCUCAAUUGGUUCAAAAAUCUGGCUCAAGGCUCAAUUGCCAGUUUCCAAGACUUAUGCGAUAAGUUCAUAAGCCAGUACUAUGGGAAUAAACGUCUGGCUAAGGAUGUAUCAAGCCUUUUCAUAAUGAAGCAGCAUAAGGAUGAACGGCUCCAAGCUUUUCUCACCCGGUUCAACCUCGUUAAAAGCAUGGUAAUGGAGUGUCACCCGUCCACAGCAGUCCAAGCAUUUAAACUCGCAAUGAACCGGGGGAUGCCGUUCCACACCAGCUUGGUGGUUAAUACACCAAAGACAAUGGACGAGCUGAACGAGAGAGCUGACGGUUUUGUUCGUCUUGAGGAGGAAGAAGCAGCUAAUUCGAGGAAGACGUCAAUUAUUUCGACGGAGGAGAAGUCCAAAGCCAAGAUCCGGCAAAAACAAGCUCAACCGCAACAUCACCCCUCAUGGAAGGCGGAGAAGAGGCCCAGGGAGUAG